GAUGGGGCCGCCGGCGGUGGCGUGAUCCCCCCCCGCGCCCGCCCCGCCGCGCCGGGCAAAGCUCCGCGGGUGCGCAGCGGCUCCUCCGCGGGUGCGCAGCGGCUCCUCGGGUGCCCACGGGCUCUCCGCGGGUGCGCAGAGGCUCCUCCGCGGGUGCGCACCGACUCCUCGGCUCCGCGGGCGCUCUCCAGCUCCCCCGGGGCGCGCACCGGUACCUCCGCGUGUGCGCUCUAGCUCCUCCGCGGGUGCGCACCGGCUCCUCGGGUGCCCACGGGCUCUCCGCGGGUGCGCUCCAGCUCCUCCGCGGGUGCGCACCGACUCCUGGGCUCCGCGGGUGCGCACCGGCUCCUCCGCGGGCGCUCAGCUCCUCCGCGGGCGCUCUCCAGCUCCUCCGCGGGUGCGCAGCACCGGCUCCUCGGGUGCCCACGGGCUCUCCGCGGGUGCGCAGAGGCUCCUCCGCGGGCGCUCAGCUCCUCCGCGGCCGCUCUCCAGCUCCUCCGCGGGCGCGCAGCGGCUCCUCCACGUGUCCGCGGUCCGGUCCGCGCCGUACCGAGGGGUCUCGGCGACCCCCAGCAUCUCCGCGUUCCCCGUCGGGGUCCCGAUCCGGCAUGUCCCCGCGGGGGCUGGCGCUGGUGGUGGCGCUGGUGGCGGCGCGGGCGGCGGCGGAGCUGGCGGAGGAGCUGGUGCUGGCGCUGGGGGCAGCCGAGGAGGAAGCCGCCGCCGUCGGGGCCCCCCCGUCGGUACCCGCCGCCUUCCAUCGCGCCGCCAAGGCGUCGUGGCGGCUGCCCGGGCGCUACGUGGUGGUGCUGCGGGCGGGCGGCGGCGAGGCCGAGGUGCGAAGGACGGCGCGGCGGCUGCAGGCCCGGGCGGCUCGGCGGGGGUACCUGACCGAGCUGCUGCACAUCUUCCACCUCCUGCCCGCCUUCCUGGUGAAGAUGAGCGGCGACGUCCUGGACACGGCGCUGAAGCUGCCACACGUGGAGUACGUCGAGGAGGACGCCUACGUCUUCGCCCAGAGCAUCCCCUGGAACCUGGGCAGGAUCGUGCCGCCGCAGCCCGGUUCGGGCGCCUACAGCCCUCCCAAUAAAGGUGACCUGGUGGAGAUUUACCUGCUGGACACCAGCGUGCAGAGCACCCAUCGGGAGAUCGCGGGCAGGGUGCUUGUCACCGACUUCGAGAGCGUCCCCGAGGAGGAUGGCACCCGCUUCCACAGGCAGGCCAGCAAGUGUGACAGCCACGGCACCCACAUGGCCGGGGUGCUGAGCGGGCGCGACGCCGGCGUGGCCUCGGGCGCCAACGUCCGCAGCCUCCGCGUGCUGAACUGCCAGGGGAAGGGCACCGUCAGCGGGACCCUCAUCGGGCUGGAGUUUAUCCAGGCGACGCUGGAUGCUCAGCGCCGCGUGCCGCCGGUGGUGCUGCUGCCCUUCGCCGGUGCCUACAGCCGAGUGCUCAAUGCCGGCUGUCGGCGGAUGGCGCAGAUGGGGGUGGCGAUGGUCGCGGCUGCCGGUAACUACAAGGACGAUGCCUGCCUGUACUCGCCAGCAUCUGAGCCGGAGGUCAUCACGGUGGGUGCCACCAACAGCGAGGACCAGCCCGCUUCCAUCGGCACCCUGGGCACCAACUUCGGCCGCUGCGUGGACCUGUUCGCCCCCGGGGACGACAUCAUCAGCGCCUCCAGCGACUGCAGCACGUGCUUCACAGCGCAGAGCGGGACGUCGCAGGCGGCCGCGCACGUGGCAGGCAUCGCCGCCAUGCUGCUCAGCGCCGAGCCCCAGCUGAGCCUCGCCGAACUCCGGCAGCGCCUCCUGCACUUCGCCACCAAGAACGUCAUGGAUGUGGCACGGUUCCCCGAGGAGCAGCGGCUCCAGACGCCCAACAGCGUGGCCGGGCUGCCCGCCCGGCUGGGCGCAGAGGAGCAGCUGUACUGCCGCUCGGUGUGGUCGGCGCGCUCGGGGCUCACCCGGCACGCCACCGCCGUGGCUCGCUGCGCCGGCGCCGAGGAGAUGCUCAGCUGCUCCAGCUUCUCCCGCAGCAGCAGGCGGCUGGGGGAGCACAUGGAGGACAAGGACGGGCAGAAGCAGUGCGUGGCACACAACGCUUUCCGGGGACAGGGUGUCUACGCCAUCGCCAGGUGCUGCACCUGGCCCAGGGCCGAGUGCCGGAUCAACACCAGCUCCCAGGUGGCCGAGGGGGCUGACUGCUCCCCGCGGGACCACGUGCUGACCGGCUGCAGUUUCCAUUCCCCGUCCGCGGCGCUGGGUGACGGUGGCAGACCCGUCGUGGGGCCGGGGAGCGGGCCCAGCCGCUGCGCUGGCAGGACAGAGGUGACAGCGCACGCCUUGUGCUGCCCCGCGGCGGGCCUCGAGUGCCGGGUGAAGGAGCGCACGUCCCCGGGCUCUGCGGAGAAGGUGACGGUGUCCUGCGAUGACGGCUGGACGCUGACGGGCUGUAGCGCCCAUUCCCAGAGCCCUGGCACCAUGGGAGCCUACGCCGUGGACGAUACCUGCGUGGCAGCCAGCGUCCCGGGCAGCAGCACGGCCGUGGCCAUUGCCAUUUGCUGCCGGAGCCGGCAGUAGGGACGGGCUCAGCGAGAGAUGCCCGGCGUAGCAGGGAUGGACGCCUCGCUGGGCCACCGCAUCGCCGGCUCGGUACCUUCCUGGGGCCAAGUGCUGAUCCCAGUGUGGUCCAUGCUCCGACACGUGGCUCUGAUGACCUCCACGCUCGGGCUGCUGUGACAGUGGGGUACAAGCUCGUCACUGUCUCGCACACAGCGGGGCUGAGACCCAGGGUGGCUCUCCAAGCAGACGGAGCCCUGCCCCAUCGCAGGAGUCACCCCGGCAUCCCUUCCCCACCGCGUCUUUCUAGCAAUACCCUGACUGUACAAGCCCCCUUGAGGCCCUUUGUUCAUGUUGUCAUCCAGCAUAGGACAAAACCACCACCUUUUAAAAAAAAAUAUAUACAUAGUGAGGAUUGCUCCUUUCUUUCCUGGUUAGUUGCUCAUUAGAUGUCAGCUAAUGCUGCUUAGCACCUGGAAAAUCAGUUUAGCCGUUUUUGGGCGGUUUGAUAAUUGCCUACUCACGCACCUAGGAGGCUCCUUUACUUUUUAGUAAGCAUAAGGGCUAUAGUUUAAACAGUCUGCUUGUUUAAUUAGAUUUCAAUCUGCAUUGCUACAGUCAGCUACUGCUCUAUUAGUGUUUUUUUUGUUGUUAAUGAUCUGCUGGUGGUAGGUGCUGCUUUAACAGUUUCCCUUUCAGCUCUUCCCAAGACACACAGAACUGGCUGUAAUUCCUUUUUAAAAAAAAAAAUGAAAGAAGAAAAAGCUUUCGUAGUACCUUGGUUUUUACAUUUGUACCUUAAAUAUUUAUUUGGAAUUUUAUAAAUAAACAUUUUGUAAACGUCUUUUUUUAAAAUAAAGUUCAUAGACCAGUGCUCAGUAGAUAACGAUCCAUCGUCUGCCUUCAUGUACAUCCCCACGGGGAACCAGUCUGGGAGGGGGAGCUGGCACCCGUCCGGCAGGGAUGCUGCUCCCCCAAACGAGCUCUGCUUCGUUAGCGAGCCAGCCAGAGGCCACCAUCUCAGGCUCUGACCCCUGCCUCGGCUACCAGGUGCCCCUGGGCGAGCGCUGGCACGCUCAGAGGUCAGCGUGGGCACCCUCCCCUCGCCCACAGCUGGCAGAGACCAGGCGCCGAGUCUUGUUGUCCCACGCACACGCGAGAGCAGAAGUUUGUUUUUAAAACAGUGGUGGAGGACAAGAGGUUCCAGUUACGGAAACAAAGCGGCGUCCAGCUUUGGGGAACGUGCCCUUGUGCUUUUUGUUGCUGUUGCUACUAACAUGCGGUAAGCCGAUGAAGCAGAGAUGC